AUGACCAAGGGUACCGCCAGUUUCGGAAAGCGCCAUAACAAGACGCACACUUUGUGCAGACGCUGCGAUAACUGGGGUGAGAAGGCUAAGAGAAGAAAGACCACCGGUACCGGUCGCAUGCGUCACAUGAAGGAAGUCCCAAGAAGAUUCAAGAAUGGAUUCCAAACCGGUGUACCAAAGGGAGCUAGAGGACCAGCCAACAAAACUUCCGAGUAA